CAAGCAUCUCGUCUCAUUCCGCCGCUUUCUCAGCAUCCAUUGCAGAGAGGAGCGGGCCACAUAAAAAGCAAAUUGGAGAGAAAGAGACAAUAAAAUCCGUUGAUGAGGGAUGAUACUAUGGAAGAGAAGACAUAAUCCAGGCUCACUGGCAUCCAUUGUCACAUCUUACAGCUUUGACGGAGGUGCGUGAAAGUUUCCACCUUUGAAAGGGGGGGGGGGGACACCCUCCUCUUGAUGUGGGAAUGAACAGCAGAUGCUGAAUUUCAAUCUGAAUGUAAGAGAAGAGCUACUGAAAACAGGACCAGCUGGAUUUGCUUGUAGUGGUGCUGGUAGUGAGCACCACAGGAGAUUUUACAGUUUCUCCUUUUUUCUUCAUCUUGCUCAAUGUUUACGCAUCAGUCUUCAAGAAGAAUAUGACAUUAUUUUACUGUGGGAAGAGGGAAUAUUACAGCAGCUGCAAGCCCACCAGAGACCGUCUAUCCAGGAAAGUAUGAAGGGAAUGGAUUAUAUACAAAUUCAGUGAAGGACAUCCUGUUCACAGAAAGUAAGUUCUGAUCAGAAGCAGAUCUAAAUUGGGUUCUGAUUCUGAGAGACUUGGAAGAUUGUCACUUUUUUUUCCUUUGCUGUGGAACAACACUAAGCUUACUUUGUGCCGACUUAUCUUGUGGACUAUAGGAGUUUGGAUAAUAUUUGAAGCGGAACUCUGCAUGUGAAGCCGUCUAUCCAUCCUCCUUGAAAGAAGCGGAAGUGUUCUUUGACUUCAUGUGUGAGUCGCCUGGGAGUAGCUGACCUGUGAAUAAAGUCACACUGGGGAUUAUCUAAAGGACUUCCUUGAUUCUGUAACAUUGAAGGAACACUGGAGGCCACAAGGUAUGUCAAGAUAAAAGACCAAAAGUAGAAGCAAAACCACUAAAAGAAGAGAGGGAAGAAUGGCUGAGAGGAUGAUUGCUUCUGAAAGUAAACCGUGACAGAAUGGUGGACUAUAUGAAUAAAGUCAUGCUGCACACAGUCGUCUCAUGCUGGCAGCCAUUCCUAGGACUUGCACUUGCGGCUGCCUUUGUGGGUUCUACCUUGGGAUGUCCCUCACGCUGCGAGUGCUCAGCACAGACCAAGGCAGUUGUCUGUCACCGCAAGCGAAUGCCCACCAUCCCUGAUGGCAUCCCAACCGAGACCAGGAUCUUGGACCUGAGCAAAAAUAAACUCACAAUGAUCAACCCUGAUGACUUUAUUGCCUUCCCUGGGCUGGAAGAACUUGACCUCAGUGGAAAUCUCAUCAGCUACGUUGAGCCUGGAGCUUUUAAUGCCUUGUUUAAUAUGCACUCACUCAGUCUUAAGAGCAAUCGAAUCAAGCUCAUCCCUUUGGGGGUCUUUACAGCCCUAACUAAUCUUACCCAACUGGAUAUAAGUGACAACAAGAUCGUCAUUCUAUUGGAUUAUAUGUUCCAGGAUUUGCAUAAUCUAAGGUCUUUGGAAGUGGGUGACAAUGAUCUGGUUUAUAUUUCUCAUCGUGCAUUCAGUGGUCUCCUAAGCUUGGAGGAAUUAACCUUAGAACGAUGCAACCUUACAGUUGUACCAACUGAGGCCCUCUCGCACCUGCGCAACCUGGUCAGCCUUCAUCUUCGUUACCUCAGCAUUAGCACUUUGCAUCCAUACUCAUUCAAAAAGCUGUUCCGGCUGCGACAUUUAGAAAUCGAUAACUGGCCUUCAUUAGACCACAUACCAGCUAAUACCCUCCAUGGCUUAAACCUGACAACAUUGUUUAUAACCAACACCAACUUGUCCUCCUUCCCUUACCAAGCCGUAAGGCAUCUGCCCUACCUGACCCACCUCAACCUGUCCUACAACCGCAUCAGGCACAUCGAAGGAGGGAUGCUGAUGGAGCUGGUUCGGCUGCGAGAGUUGCAUCUUGUUGGAGCUCAGCUGACUGCUAUUGAAUCAUACGCAUUUCAUGGUCUGCGGGGUCUCAAAGUCCUCAACAUCUCUCACAACCAUCUGGACACGCUGGAAAAAGGUGUGUUUCAGUCCCCUGAAUCUCUGGAAGUUCUUUUGAUUGACAACAACCCUUUGAUGUGUGAUUGUCGUCUCAUGUGGAUCCUGCAGAAAAAGCACUCCAUCUUGUUUGGAGACUCUCAGCCAGAAUGCAGUACACCUGAGGGCAUUCGUGGAAGGCCUUUUAAGGAGUUUAAGGAGGCUCUCCUGUCUUAUUAUGUAACGUGCACCAAGCCAAAAAUUCGAGAAAAUAAAACCCAAACAAUUACUGUGGAUGAGGGCCAGCAGGCAAUGCUGCGCUGCAGUGCUGAAGGGACACCAAGGCCAAAUGUGUCUUGGUUGUCCCCACGUCGACGAGUACUGACGAGUCGGAACCAUGGAAGGCUGAUGGUGCACAACAACGGCACAUUAGAGAUUAAGUCUGCAGAGAUACAAGACAGUGGAGUGUACCUUUGUCUUGCCUCCAACACUGCUGGAAAUGACACCCUGAUGGCUUCAGUAGCGGUGAAAAGUCUGGGAUCGCUGUAUGCCAACAGGACCCAGCAUUACACAGACCCCAACAAUGUCACUGCCAAUGAAACGGCCAACAUUGCCCUUGGUUUGGACCUGAAGACUAUUUUAGUAUCCACAGCAAUGGGUUGCUUCACCUUUUUGGGAGUGGUCUUGUUUUGCUUCCUGCUCCUUUUUGUGUGGAGCAGAGGAAAAGGAAAACAUAAAAACAACAUCGAUGUUGAGUAUGUACCCAGGUCAAAGUCCAAUGGUACAAAUGUUGAUUCGGCAGAGGGACAAGCUGGUCCUCGUCGCUUUAACAUGAAAAUGAUGUAAGUUAUAUAUACAUAUAUAUAUUGAAAUAGAGAGACAGAAGAAGACUGGAUCGUGGAAGUGGCAGAAGUAUAAAGUUUUUUCUUUUUAAAUAGACCACAAUCAAAGUGAUUGUUAAACCGUUGAGGGUAUCUAACAUAAUGGGACAAGCUGUAUAUCACUGGAUUGUGACGAAAUACCAGGAUACCGUGUUUCAGCUAUGAAAAGCACAUUACAAUUCUUUCAUAACUACAUAACUGCCAGCUGGCAACUUCUCAGAUGAAGCAUGGAAGCAGUUGUUGCCAUGGGGACCUAAAGGCAAAUGGUGUCAUGUAUUAACUUUUUUGAAAUUUGUAUGUACAAAAACAAGCCCUUCGUUUUGGGUUGACUAUAGACUCAUCUAAGCAAUGUACAGUACGAGUUUGUAUCUAAGAUAUUAACCUACUUUGUUUAGUCCUGCGCCAUGCUUAUUCACUGAACAAUGAAAAAGAACAUGAUUUUUCUGUGCAGUACUAUUGUUUACUGAAUGCUUCAUUAUGUACCUGUGUGGAUAUUCAUUCAACAGAACUAUUCAUAGCAGUAUUCAUGGGAUGCAUUAGCCAAAAUUGUAACCCCACAGGUUCAGCAAGAACAGGUUUCCAUUGAUUUAGGAAGGGCUUCUAUGGCUGAUUUUCUGUCCCCGUUUCCCCAACUGCAACCUGGAUAUAAAAUAUAUAGAAUUUACUAAUAAUAAUAUUUAUGAAAAAUGUGAAUAAUUUAUCAAAAGCCAAUGCUCUAACACCAUUCAGAAUCUAACAUAAACUUUGAUCAUCCUGAAAAUGACCUUGUAUAGGUCUAGGUACAGACACAACUUUUUGUCCUAUUUUUGUCUUUGUUUAUUUUAACUGUAUCUUGCUGGUUGACUAACUACAUGCGUCACUUUUACGAAAGUGACAUAUGCGUCAUUUUCCCCUGUAGAAAAUUUGGACUUUGUUGUGGUAGUUCUUCAUUUUGUUGUUGAAUCAUCUAGAUUGUAAAAACUACAAAAAGUAAAAGUUGAAAAAAUGUAUGUGAAAUAAAUGAAUAUGUAUUUGUA